CCCCAGCCAUAAAGGGUGCAGCUCAGCCCCUGCACCCCACAGGCUGUGCACCCCAGCGGGCCCCAGCUCCUGCGACCCCGUGGUCAUCGGUGGCUCUGUGAUCCCUGAGGCCCAGCCUGUGCCAUGAGCCCGUGGCUCCUUGCCUGCCUGGUGGCUUCCUUCGCAGGCGCCUGGGUCCCUGCUGUCCACACCCAAGGUGUCUCGGAGGACUGCUGCCUGGCCUACCACCGCCACCUCAAGUUGCCCGUGUUCCUGCGCGCUAAGUAUUUCCAGUGGCAGGAGGUGAGCGGGGGCUGCAAUCUGCGAGCUGUGAUAUUCCACUUGCCCCAGCCGGGCAGGAUCGUGUGCGGGAACCCGCGGGACGCGGUGGUGAGGAAGGCGAUUCGGGUCUUGAGUGCUCAGAUGAAGCCCCACCCAGCAGUCAGCAACACCCCUCCCCCAGGCUUGCACGCUCGGAGGAACAAGGUGAAUUCUGGACCGUCCAAGAGGCCUUGGAUCAGGUUGAAGCAUCACGUGGGCAACAGCAAGAAGAACGCUGGGGCUGUGGUGACCAGCAAACGAACCAGCAAUCAAACGGUGUCUGGACCCUGAGCCCUGACAUCUCCAGGACCCUCCCAUGGCGCCGGGGGGCUGCGUUGUUCUCCAUGACCCUCGGCGGUGGCUGCUGCCCCUGCUCUGCGUCCUUCGGUGUGCGGUGUGCGCUGUCCCAGCCCCUGUGCCUGCGUCAUCGUUUUCUCCUCCUGUCCCUCCCUCUUCCCGCCCUCAAGCUGCUGGAAAGAGGGUCAACCGGGACCAGCAUCAGUCUCUGGCAGAGACUCUUAAAGAGCACGCCCCCAGCCCGGGUACGCUGCUUACCUGAAACUUCUUGCCACCCGCCCGGGCCACCUACCCAGGUCCCUGCAAAGCUUUGGUUGGUCCAAAGAUAUUUCCUAGGCUGUACUUUUUUAAAAAUAAAC